CGGCUAUAGCUCCCCCCAACUAACUCCCCUUAAACCCCUGUCAGACGCAGCCGGAUGGAUAGGUAGCCUCUUCUCCCUCCUCACGCCGGAGUUUUCCCCGCACGCACCCACACCAAACCAAACUCUACUCGAUCUCCACGGCCGUACACGAUUUCCCCUCCCUGGAGCCAGCGCGAUGGGGGCGGAGGCGGAGGAAUCGCUAGAUCAUCCUGGAUCUCUGUCGGGGAUGUCGCCGGCGACCCCCGACGUUGCCUGGAAGCCGGCGGAGCGGCGGCGGCGGCGGUCGGAGGCCGACGCGGAGGGGUCUUCUUGCUGCUCCCUUUCCGCUGCUACGGCGGCGUGGGUUGGCGCCGGUAAUGUGGAGAGUGACGACCCGUCUGUUCGUUCGGUCGCCGCCGGGGAGCAAUCCCGCUCCGUGUCUCGGCCGGAGGAGGAGGAGGAGGAAUGCGCGUCAUGUACCCAGGAUUCCACCGUCUCUCCGCCGGUGAGCGAAUGCGGCGACAGGACUGCGCAGCAGGAACCCAGCACCCAGGAGUACACCGUCUCGCCACCGCCGGUGAGUGAGUGUGGCGACAAAGUUGUGCAGCAGGAAUCCAGCAAUCAGGAGUCCACCGUCUCGCCACCACCGGUGAGCGAAUGCGGUGAUAAGAUUGCGCAGCAGGGAUCCAGCACUCGGGAGUCCACCGUCUUGCUGCCGGUGAGUGAGUGCUGCAACAAGGUUGCCCAGCAGGAAUCCAGCACCCAGGAGUCCACCGUCUCGCUGCCGGUGAUCGAAUGCGGCGACAAGGUCGCGCAGCAGGAAUCCAGCACCCAGGAGUCGACCGUGUCACUGCCGUCGAGCGAGUGUGGAGACAAGGUUGCGCAGCAGGAAUCCAGCACCCAGGAGUCCACCGUGUCGCUGCCGUUGAGCGAGUGCGGAGACAAGGUUGCGCAGCAGGAAUCCAGCACCCAGGAGUCCACUGUCUCGCCGCCGGUCAGUGAAUGUGGCGACAAGAUUGCACGGCAGGAAGGUGCUGCCAGUGCGAUCCCUACGCCGGAGAAAGUGGAGGCUACCCCUAGGAGACCCAGGAAGAGGUCAACGAAGGGGUUGACUCGAUUCAAGAUUAUGAAAGAUCACAAGGCGGCCCAGAGAACGGCAACACCCGUUGAAGUUAAGAUCAAGAGGAAAGCUAAGGAUAAUGGUAGGCGGCCACUUGGUGAUAAAUCAGUGAGGAGGAAGUUGAAUUUUGAAGGCGAUGCGGUGGACUUUGAAGGCAAUAGGGAGUUCAGCAGAGCCAAGCUGAUGGAGGAUUUGAGGUGCCUUGCCAAGGUUCAUGGUCUGCGCGAUGAUCUGGGUGCAGGCAAGCGAAGCAAGAAAGGGAAGAAAAGAAAAAAGAUGACUGGAGAACAUCAGGACAAUGGCGAAUCGGCCCUUGUGCCUUACCAGAAGGCCCCAGCUGCCACAUCAUCAUCUGCGCUGGUUCCAAUUCAGAAUUCUACGCAACUUGCUAUUGUACACCACAGAAAUCACUUGAAGAACUUGCGGACAAAGGUUUUAGGCCUUGAUGAGAAGACAUUACAAGUGUAUAAUGUUCUGAGGAAGUGGGAUGAGACUGAUAGUGAGAGUUUCGAAGGUGUAGACAUUGGCAGCGGGCCUGAAUGGAAUGAAACUCGGCGUCACUUCGAACAUUACGUGGAUGUGUUUAUUGCUACUGUGCAUGGUUUAUUGGGUCCCAGAAGAUUUUCUGAAUGGGGAGGAUCAGUAACUGAUUCUGUUGUGGGUACUUUCCUUACGCAAAAUGUCGCUGACAAUUUAUCAAGCAAUGCUUUUUUGAACCUGGUGGCAAAAUUUCCUCCAACUAAGAGACAUAUUAAUGCUGAAGCAUGUUCAAAUUUGUCUCUGUUGAUAGAUGACAUGAGACGGAAAUUGAAUUUGAAUGAACAAUCUAAUGGUACUGAUUCUGGUAGUUCAGAUUUUACAAAACCUGUCGAUUUUGAGAAAGAGAAUGGUUACAAUGAGGAGGUAAAAGGUAAUUAUGGCCGAGACUACAGUACAAUUAUAGAGAAUUUUAUAUCUAUUAUUGAGAAACAUCAUAAAGACAUGUCUACGUGGGACAAUGCACGCCUUGAGAACAUGGUGAAGGAUAAGUCUGGAACUCCAGUAUGUUCCCAUAGAACCUUGAGAAAGUUUAUGGACACAUUUGAGGAGAAAGACACUUCUCAUUGGGAUAAGUUACGGGAGGAAGCAUAUAGUAAGGGAUACAAAAUAAAGGGAACCGGAAUAAGUGAUUCUGCUGAUUGGGAAGCUGUGCUACAUGCACCAGCAGUUGAGAUUGCAAAUUCCAUUGCAGUCAGGGGACAACAUUAUGUUAUAGCAUUGCGGAUACAGGCUUUUCUCAAGCGUGUAAAGAAAGAUCAUGGAAAUUUUGACCUGGAUUGGCUUAGAUAUGUACCACGUGAAAGUGCAAAAAAUUACCUCAUCAGUAUUCUGGGGCUUGGAGAUAAAAGUGUUGACUGCAUCCGUCUUUUGUCAUUAAAGCAUAAAGGUUUCCCGGUUGAUGUCAAUGUAGCUCGCAUAGUCACAAGGCUAGGAUGGGUCAAACUUCAACCCUUACCCUUUUCUGCAGAGUUCCAUUUAGUUGGCUUGUAUCCAAUCAUGCGUGAUGUGCAGAAAUAUUUAUGGCCUCGGUUGUGUACCAUUUCUAAGGAAAAAUUGUAUGAACUACACUGCCUCAUGAUAACUUUUGGAAAGGCAAUCUGCACAAAAGUAAGUCCAAAUUGCAGGGCUUGCCCUUUCAGUGCGAAAUGCAAAUACUACAACAGUUCACUUGCCAGAUUAUCACUCCCUCCUGCAGAGGGGCAUGGGCAUGAAUAUGGUGAAGAGCAAGCAAGCACUGCUACUCCUGGAAGACUCUUGUUGUCAAAUGAUAGCCACAUAGCAGGUUUUCAACAAGUAUGUCAACCGCAAAUCAAAAUAAACAUGCCUGCUGGAAGAGAAUCCAUCUAUAAGUGUGAGCCCAUUAUUGAGAUACCUCCAAGUCCAGAACAUGAAUAUGAAGAAUCACCUUAUGAGCAAGAAUUAUAUGAAGAUGAUCUUUGUGAUAUUGAAGAUACCAUACCAGAAUUACAGUAUGAUUUUGAAAUAGAUCUGUGUUCACUAAAGCACACGGUGAAUAAUGGCUCUUGGACACCAAACUCUGGAAAAGACUUGGCCUUGAUUAAUUCACAGCAUGCCUCUGUUCAAAACAAAAGGUUGAAAAACAUAGGGCGUCUUAGAACAGAACACAACGCGUACGUCCUCCCAGAUGAUCAUGCAAUCUUGGAAGAGUUUGAAGAUAGAGUUCCAGAAGAUCCAUGUCCUUAUCUUCUAGUUGUUAUUUCUUGUUCUGAUGAACACACAGUGAAAGGCACAAUUCUGAUACCCUGUCGGACAGCAACCAGAGGAAACUUUCCAUUGAAUGGUACCUACUUUCAGGAUCAUGAGGUUUUUGCAGAUCAUUCAUCUAGCCGUUCCCCGAUUACCAUCCCUAGAGAAUGCAUCUGGAACCUAGAUAGAUGCAUUGUAUAUUUUGGCUCGUCGAUACAAUCGAUCAUGAAAGGUCAAACAAGGCAAGACAUUGAGGACUGCUACAAGAAAGGAUAUAUUUGUGUUAGAGGAUUUGAUCGGAAUACAAGAUACCCAAAGCCAAUAUGUGCAAAAUUACACGCCACCAAUGAAAGGAACGGAACAGGUGAAAAUAGCCGGAAGAAGAAAAAGACAUCACAAGAGGGGAAGAAGAUUGAUGACAAAUCUUCCUUUGGCAAAUUAGAAAUUAACUGAUAUAUAUAUAUCACCAUUAACAAAGUUGUGUACAAAUUGUAGUUGGAAGGAUGCUGAUAGCCUCUGCUAGCUCUAGUGUAUCAUGUAGAUCAGUAGAUUUGCUUAGGGCGGCUGCAUGAGUAAAUAUUUGGUUGAGAUCUCUUCCACAAUGCGCCUUGUAUAUUAGUCAAAUUCCUUUUUUAUUAUGUGUAAACAAAACAUCCCAUCUUUUAUGAGGCAAAAUCGCACUAUUUAGUCUUAACGGGCGA